GAAACACGGGCUCUACCUGCUGAGAUUCGCCGGGCCGGGCCGGGUCGUGACGUCAUCAACCCCAACGCCCCAAUGCAGUGUCAGUGAUUUUACAGAGGAGAGCUACUACAGAGCGAGCGGCGCGCGAGCUCGACCUGCUUCAUGGACUAAAAAACAACAACAACUAAAACAACAACAACAACACGUGUCUUUUGCGUGCUGGAGCGGUGUUGGGGAUGUGGCGGACUUCGCUGUCGGGGAAAAUCGCAGUCGCAGGUCUGCCCUGACUGCACGGAGCCGUCGGCUAGCGCUUAGCAUUAGCGUUAGCACCAGCAUUAGCGUUAGCAUUCUACUGACGAUGCAUUGCUCUGGCGCUGAAUAAGUAAUAACACUUUCUCUCACUCUCUUGCUCUCUAACACACACCAACACACACACUGUACCGCUGCUGUUGUGAUUUAACUCAUAUAUUCCUCGCCAGUGUUAGCAUAGUUGCCCGGGUGCGGUUGCACUGCUGCAUUGAUGCUAGGUAGCUAACGCUAAAGUGAGGGAUAAAGUGGUGUUUUCUUCCUGUGCAUUAGGAUGGAAAGUGAGGUAUAGAGGACAGGACAGGCUUGUCUCGGCUGCUGCAGUGCUGAAUCCACCUGCCUGAUUAACUCACACUCAUCUCCUUCACCUCGCUGUGAGUCCAGGGCUCUGAGUGGUCAGGAUUUGAGUUAUGGCAUGAUGCUAGAGCCCUGGACCGUGUUUACAUCUCUGCUCAGUGCAGUUUGGAGAGCAGAAUCUGACAGCUGGGAGCUGAAUCAGGAUAUUCCUGGCUGAUACACAGAGAGAGAGAGAGACAUCAACACAUCCUGCUACAAUGGCUGUUUUCACACACACGACUACUGUGCUGUUGAUAUCGUGUAUUAGAUUUAGACAAGGUGAUGAAUUCCUCAGCUAUUUUGCACCCAAAUAGCUUUAAAGGUACAGUCGUGCUUUUUUUUCUUCUUUUUUUCAUUACUAAUUUGUAUAAUUAACCUGGAAGACAUGUAGGACAUGAUUUAAAAAGAAAGUAUGUCGUGGCCUUAAAAGCAAAGGUGUAUAAAGGUGCUGAGAGACUGUCAAUCAUUUUAUAGACCAAUAAAGGCCAAUGUAGAUCUUGGGGAACUUCGGGAACAUGAGCGGGAAUCAUUCGAAUGUCGAACCCACCUAACUCACCUUAGAGAGCUACCUGUUAUUGAAAGAAAAAAAGACUUUCCUAAUGCACCUUUAUUCAAUGUCGUAACCAGGGUGAAGUGAUUGAUCAGCUGAGCUGCAAAGCAUGGCAGCUUGCAGACAGCACUGAAAAGUUUUUUGUUUUUUUUUCUGUAAUUGAUAAAUAAUUGUGAAAUUGCUGCCAUGUCGAGCAAAGCCUCAGGCAAAGAGAAGAAGUCCGGCCUGGGGAAGAAGCUCUUCCGGCGCGGCUCGGUGCGAUCCGUGGGCAGUUUUAUGAGCAGAGUGCUCAAGACCCUGUCCACUCUGUCACAUUUCGGAUCCGAGCUUCAGCCACCCGAAGGAGAGAAGGACGACGGAGGAUUCGCUGCGUUCAAAAACGAAGGCAAGGGAUCGGUGGCCUCGGACGACAGCGACUGCGGCGGAUUCCUCAGCCGGGACAAAGUGCCCGGAGUGUCUGGUCUGAAGAAUCACGGCAACACGUGCUUCAUGAACGCCAUCCUGCAGUGUCUGAGCAACACGGAGCUCUUCGCUGAGUAUUUAGCGCUUGAACAGUUUCGCGGGCAAGCAGAGGAGGAGGAUAAGCCCAAGGCCAAUGGAGUCCAUCCUCCCAGGAAAGAGAAAGGAGAAGUGACCGAGCAGCUGGCAGGUCUGGUCCGAGCUCUGUGGACCUUCGAAUACACUCCUCAGCAGAGCCGAGAGUUCAAGAACACUGUGGCGAAGCGAGCCAUGCAGUACAGAGGAAACGCUCAGCAUGAUGCUCAGGAGUUCCUGCUCUGGCUCCUGGACCGUGUGCACGAAGACCUGAACAACAUGGGCCAUAACAGACCUUCUAUAAAGCCGCCCAUAGAGGAAGAUGAUGGAGCGCUGGAGGGACCUUCACCCCCACUGUCGGCUGGCUCUUUUGUCCAGGAGCUGUUUCAGGCUCAGUACAGAUCCUCACUCACAUGUCCACACUGCCAGAAGCAGAGCAACACUUUCGAUCCUUUUCUUUGCAUCUCGCUUCCCAUCCCAUUACCUCACACUCGGCCUCUGUACGUGACGGUGGUUUAUCAGGGUAAGUACUCUCACUGCAUGAGGAUCGGCGUGGCCGUGCCCCUCAACAGCACCGUCUCCAGGCUCAGAGAAGCUGUUUCACGUGAGACCAAGAUUCCUCCAGACCAGUUUGUCCUGACUGAAAUGUAUUACGACGGUUUCCACCGCUCCUUCUGCGACGACGACGACGAUCUGGACAUCAUUCAAGAAAGCGACUCCAUCUUCGCCUUCGAAACGCCCGAGACGUUUAAACUGGAAAGCCUUCGCUCUAAACGAGGGAGCCUCCUCGCAAACCUCAAUCAGAACAAUCUGAAGUAUGGCAGCGACGGCUCUCGCACCCCGUCCUUCAUGCAGGGGGCCGUGAAUCCGGCAUCACCCAACAAAAACAGUGCUGACAAGAUGAUCCUGCUGAUCUGCAACAGAGCCUGCAUUGGCCACCAAGGACGGAGGUUCGGCCUUCCUUUUGUACUGUACAUGGAGCGCACUGUAACCUGGGAUGUUCUUCAGAAGGCCAUUCUCGAGAAGAUGCAUCAUCUGCUAAGACAAGGAGUUUACAUCCAGGUGGGGCCCUUCAGCCUGCGAGUGGUCGGUGUGGUGGGGAUCACAUACUUGUUACCGCAGGAGGAAUUUCCUUUGUGUCACCCCACCGUGGAGAGGGCGUACAAGUCCUGUGGUGCAGGAGGCCCUCCUCAUGUCAAGAUCGUAGUGGAGUGGGACAAAGAGACCAAGGAUUAUUUGUUUGGCCACAUAGAGGAGGAGUACAUCCCUGAUGCUGAGAGCGUGUACCAGCACCGUGAGCAGCACCACCAGCCCCAGGCGUGUACCCUCGCUCAGUGCUUCCAGCUCUACACCAAAGAGGAGCAGCUGGCACCAGAUGAUGCUUGGCGCUGUCCACACUGCAAGCAGCUACAGCAAGGCCGCAUCAAGCUCAGCCUCUGGACCCUGCCUGAUGUUCUCAUCCUGCACCUCAAGAGGUUCAGACAGGAGGGAGACAGGCGGGUGAAAAUGCAGAACAUGGUGCGCUUCCCGCUGGUUGGCAUGGACAUGGCCCCACACAUGGUGAAGAGGAGCCAGAGCAGUUGGAGCCUCCCCUCUCAUUGGUCGCCCUGGAGACGACCUUAUGGCCUAGGCCGUAACCCCGACGACUACCUGUAUGACCUGUACGCCGUAUGUAACCACCAUGGAAACAUGCACGGAGGACACUACACAGCAUUUUGUAAAAACUCUGUUGAUGGCCAGUGGUACUGUUUUGAUGACAGCGAAGUCCAGACCAUGGCUGAAGAAGAAGUGUGCCAGCAGACAGCCUACAUACUGUUUUACCAGAGGAGAGCAACUAUUCCUUCCUGGUCCGCUAACAGCUCUGUGGCUGGCUCCACCAGUUCCUCUCUGUGUGAGCACUGGAUUAACCGGCUUCCUGGCAGCAAGCCUCCUAGCCUGGCCUCAGGUGCCUCCUCACGGCGGACAUCCCUCGCUUCUCUGGCCGAAUCCAUGGAGUUCCCUGGAGAUCGCAGCGAAGAUGACGGAGGAUUCUCCACCCGACCCUUUGUGAGAAGCAUUCAACGUCAGAGCUUGUCUUCCAGAUCCUCCAUAGCUAGCCCGCUGACUCUAAGCGAGAAUGGGAUAAAGCCCUCCUGGUCCCUGUCUGCCAAGCUCCAGAUGAGGUCCAACUCGCCCUCGCGUUUCUCUUUAGACUCGCGUUCCUCGCCGCCGCUGGAGAGGAUCGGAGAGGCCUGCGAUGACAAGGUGUCCAUAUCAUGCUUCGGCAGCUACAGCAGGCACGAGCGCCAAUCCGGCAGCAAAGCCCCGCUUGCCAUGAUGGAAGGAAAUAGCAGCGAUGAUGGCAGUGGUAAAAGGAACACGGAUGAGGUCUACACCAGGGCUCCCUCACUGGCUGACAAGAAGAGCUCUAAAGGUGAACCGCUAGACAACAACAACCAGAUCACUGCUGUGGACCAGAACUUGCAUGGGACUCCUACCAAGGAGCCGAAGCACAAGAGCUCAGGAGGCUCUGUGUCAAAGGCGGAGGUGUCCAGUGCCAAAAAAUCCUCAACCAAGACAAAGGGGGAUCAAGAGAAGCCAUCUAAGAAACGCCAGAGCACUUCAUCUGCCCAAAAGUCUCCUUCUUCCCAAGUGUCUUCCAGCUCUCAAGGGAAAGGUGCCAAAGUGACCAAUCUGAAAGAGAAGAGCGAUUCUCCCAAGGCCAGAAGCGUCUCUUCUGGAACCCCAACAAAGAAGAAAGAGUCUUCCCAAUCCCAGGAGGCAGCACCAACAUCUGGAGCCACAAAAACAAAGCAGCGUCUGACCCCCACCCCUCAGUCCUCCGCUUCCCCCUCGCCCACUGCCAAGAAGAGCUCUUCAGCGGUGGAGAGGAGCUCCAGCUUGUCUUCGAGCAGAAAGAAACUGGCAGAGAGGACAUCAAGCCGGGAAUCGUCUCAUGCCAGCCCCCUGGCGGAUAGACCCCGAGUGCCACUGAAGGGUGCAGAAGGAGGCCGGCCUGACCGGAGGCCGGUUAGGAGCUCGAGCAGCAGUUCGUCUCUCACCAGUCUGCGAUCACCCAGCAUCUCGUCCAAAGAGCUGCGACGGGCCAGCAAGUCCGAGGACAAGGGGCUGUCUUUCUUCAAGAGCGCUCUGAGGCAAAAGGAGACGCGCCGCUCGGCUGACCUGGGCAAGAGCGCCAUUCUCACGAAGAAGACGGGUGAGAGGACAGCUCAGUCCAGCAGCCAAACCAAGCUCAGCACGGAGGAUGGUGAGGGCGAGGGAAAUUCAUCUCCCGCCUCAAUCUCCAGUAAGGCUGCCAGUGAAGACAAGGAGACGCCCAAACCCUCAACCCCUCUUAAGCGUUCACUGUUACCUGUAGGCAAGUCCAAGUCUUCCAGUUCUGACCCCAUUCUCCAGUCCCCUGUCAACGGGAAGAGGCCUCUUGAAAAGACGGCCUCAUCCCGAAAGCUUUCCUGCAGCAUGCAAUCCGGGCAACAAAGACGCCUCAAUAAUAUGUAAAAGAUAGUAGUUUUGUUAUUUUCUGCAAUGCAGCUAUUUUUGAUGUGCCUAAGAUAUGUAUCCACACUCACACACAUACUUGUGUGCUAGUGUGAGGGAAAGAAAUAUAUAUAGAUAUAUAUAUAGAUAUACAGCAUAUAUCUUUUACUUUUCUCAAAGAAAAUGUGUACAUUAUCAGAAGCGCCUUUCUACCCUGCCAUGGAGCCGAUUCAAUGGUAAGGUGCGGUGUACGAAUUUACUACUGUAUAAACUCUGAAUAGGAUUGUUCUGACUUAGCACUUUGUAUAUAUUAUUUUCUGUCUUAAACUAGGUGUACUCGAGAGACCGUGUAACACGUUUUUUUUAAGAUGUUAGUCUUCGGUUUUCUUUUGAGAACCCAGUUGGGUCUUCGCGUUCCUCGCCGUACUCGCAACAAAUUGCUUCACUUCUACACUUGGUGCUAUUUAAAGGGCGACGUCUCGGUGGCGAAACGCGGAAUUGCUGUCAAACCCGACUCUGGUGCGAAUGUACGCAGAAUUGUGCAGGAGGCCAGAAGUAGAACUCGUCAUAGGCAACCAUGAGAAACACUAACUGUAGUACCCCAUACCAUGGAAUAAUAAAGAAGUGUUCCAGUAGCGUCGCUGCCCUUAGAACCUCGGUGCACGGUAGCAGCGUUGCCAACUGUAGACCGACAGCAAACCUGUAGGACUGAGCAACGGUAAUUAGACAAUCUUCAUUUUUAUUUGUUUUUGUGUUUGUUUUUCUGUGUUUACAUUUGAGAUGCUGUGUGCUUUGCUCUGUCCAUCUCCAAACAGAGAGAUGAAGGCAAUGUAGCUCUGCAUGAAGGCCUGUUUUUUUUUGGUUUUUUUUAAUGAUUUGUUUAUUUUUGUAAGAACCACAGUCAUUCUAGAGCCAUUUCCCUCUUUUUUUAUUUAUUUAUUUUUAUAAUUUUUUUUUUUAUUUAUUUAUUGUUUUUGCUAAAUCAAACGCCAACAGCAUUCAUUAGUUUAGCUUAGUGAGCUUUGAACCAGGGUCCAACCCCUUUGUGUCCAUUACCGUGUGGAAUACCAGUGCAAUAGUUUGCAGAAAUAAAAAAGAAAAUCAAUAUAUAUAUAUAUAUAUAUUUACUCCUGUAUUUAAGAACUAUAACAUUGAACUUAAUGUCUUUUCUCUAGAACGAUUUUAACGAUAAAUAUUUUAUGUAUGCAACAGAGAUGAAGCCGAGAAGAAGAAGAGUUCAUUAGUUUAAUAAGAGCGAUAUUAAAAUGCUGGAAUGCUGUGCCGUGUCACUACAUGGGAUUCAUUAUAGAUUUUUUCCCCAUUUAGACUUCCUUUGAGCGCAAGAGCGAUUAAAUCAACCCGCCCGUCCCCUGGGCUUUAAUUUAGAUCACGUAUACAAAUGCAGGACUCGUACACUUGCUGCUCGUGUGUGCAGGUUUUAUUUCGGUGAUAAAUAAAAGAAAGUUCAUGGUAAGACGCUACGGAGUUCUGACGGUUCUGGGAAUCGACGGCUCGGUCACGUCUGAGCAGACACGAGCACACAGCCUUAGUUAAGCAGCGCACACACUGGCGUCUCACAAACCAUCUUUCCAGCGCUUUUUCCGAGUCUAUUUUCAUCCCACGCUUUUAUUCACCUUAAAUAGAAUUUAAUUAGGAGUGCAACACUUUUCCUCAUCAGACACUUUAACCAACGUGGAUUAGGACCAAAAUGAGCCGACGUUACCUGCUAGUGUCAUUUCUAAACACUAAUCUGUUCUGCUUUUAUUAGAGCGUUACACCUGAAGGCUAGUUUCAAGCUGUUUUGUUGUUGGGGGGUGGAAAAGAAAAAAAAAAAUCCAUGCUUCAGACUAUUUAGACGCUUUUGGUCAGAUAUAAAUAGCGCAGAUAUAUUGGUGCAGAUUUUCCUUUACAGUUUAGUGAUGUUUCUACUUGCAGUUCUUUUCAUGCUGGUUAUAGGAUUUUAUUUCCAUUAGUUCAGCCACUGUGGAGAAAAAAAAAAAUAUAUAUAUAUAAAAACGACAUCAAUACAUAUAAUAGCGAAUAUGACGAAUAUGGCAUCGUGAUAAACUGACAUGGUUCUAUUGGUGCAUUUCUUUAGUCAGUAAUCUGAGCUUAGGUGUAGCUUUAUUUCUGCAGCAGCACCCUGUCCGUGUCCGAUCUGUGCACUGAUGAUACCAUUUGAAGAAUUCCAGCAAGCAGUAUUUGCAUGAUGAUGAUGACACUGAUGCAUGCACAUAACUAUGCAAAUGAAUGUUGCUUAAAAAAAAAAACAACUAACAAACAAAA